AUUUAGAAGGUAGGUGAACAUCUUAAGAACGCAUGUUCAACAACCAGAGGCCAAAACCUUUGAACAACAGGAAGAGCAGAGAAGCUUGUGAUUUUCUUUGUCUUCUUAAAGCAAUUACUAAACUGUUUGUUGCAAAUGAGGGGAAGAAGCUACAGUUACAGUCCCUCACCACCAAGGGAUUAUGUCAGGAGGCGUCGUAGCCCCAGCCCUAGAGGCCGCUACGGAGGUCGUGGUGGAGAUCCUCCCACCAGUCUUCUAGUUCGCAACCUUCGCCAUGACUGCAGACCAGAAGAUCUGCGUGGGCCUUUUGGGCAAUUUGGUCGCCUCAAGGACAUCUACCUGCCUCGAGAUUAUUAUACUGGGGAGCCCCGUGGUUUUGGAUUUGUCCAGUAUCUAGACCCUGCUGAUGCUGCUGAUGCAAAAUAUCACAUGGAUGGUUAUGUUCUUCUUGGCCGAGAACUGACUGUUGUAUUUGCUGAGGAAAACAGGAAGAAGCCUUCAGAAAUGAGAGCAAGAGAACGUGGAAGUGGUCAGGCAUAUAGGCAGUCCCCGCUACAAUAUUCUCGAUCACCACGAUAUUCUCAAAGUUAUGCCCACAGUCCAGACUAUUACUCUCCUUUGCGUAGGCAAAGACGCUACUCGAGGUCUAUUUCACCUAGAGAUAGGAGAUAUAGAGGGCGAUCUUACUCGAGGUCACCCUAUGGCUCAAGGAGUCCAAACCAGAGCUUUAGUAGGAGCAGGAGCCGAAGUCUGGACUAUCCUAGGUGACUGAUUUGAAGGUUUCUGGGUUAGUAUGUGUCAGGAGAUAUAUCUCUAUGCUAGUUGUCUGGAUAAUAGUUUAGCUUUGCUUUAGCAGUGUAUGACUGACUACAAAGCUGAUUACUAUUUUUAGUUUCUAGUGCUUAUUAUGGCUAGUAAUAAUGUUAAACAGAGACGUGCUGUUUUGAUUCUUCUAUGUUGACAAUGAUUACCUUCCUUGAAUGAUCUUUCUGAACAUUUUUCAAUCAUCAGUUUUGUUUCUUGCACGGGUAAUUAGAUGCAUGUUUCUGUUGGAAUUCCUACCUGGAUUUGAUCUAUAUGUGAUAUGCAGCGGAUAGUUUUGAUUGUUCUUUGUUAUAGAUAUUGUUGCCACAUCCAAGCACUUGUAAAAGAUUGUCACAAAAGGGUCAAAAAAACAAGGCGUUAGGAAGUUAGAAAUAGGGUAGGCCCUUUUACAUAACGUCUAUGGAUAGGCUUUCUUUCUCUCGUUGAUAUACCAAAGUCAAUGGCUGUGCUGACACGUUGAUGGGGUUAAUGGGUUAAAGAGUUGAUGUCAUAGCCUCAUGCUGUGCUGU